AUGUUAGUGGCUUUGUUUCCUAUCUUGUCCCUGGUUACUGUUAUUCAUGCUCAGCUCUGUCAACCAGAUUCAAAAAAUGCUUUUAAAGUGAGACUUAGUCUCAAAACUGCUCUGGGAGAUAAAGCCUAUGACUGGAAUGGAAAUGAAGAAUACCUAUUCAAGGCAAUGGUGGCUUUUUCUCUACGAACAUUUUCCAACAGAGAAACAAUAGAAAUUUCCAAUGUCCUGGUUUGCAAUGUUACGAAACGUGUGUCGUUCUGGUUUGUAGUUACAGACCCUUCUAAAAAUCAGACGCUUCCUGCAGGUGAAGUACAGGCAGCCAUAAGGAUGAACAGAAAUAGGAUCAACAAUGCUUUCCUUUUGAAUGACCAGACAUUGGAAUUCCUAGAAGUUCCUGCCACCCUCAGACCCCCCACUCAACCAUCAACCCCUAUCUGGAUAAUCAUAUUUGGUGUGGUAUUUUGCCUUGUCAUAGUUGGAAUUGUAUUGCUGAUUAUGUCAGGAAUCCAUCAACGGAGGAGAAAGAACAAAGCAUCGACAGAAACAGGCGAUGUUGAAGACAAAUAUGAAACGAUGGUGACAAUAGAAAAUGGUAUUCCCUGUGAUACUCUGGAUUCCAAGGAAGGACGUAUUAACAGAGCCUUUGCUUCAGAUGAUGAAAAGUUCACACCGCUAUGAGAAGCUGUUACUUCCUAUUGCCCAAAUGAAACUCAAUUGUGCUACUGACCACCUAAAAAUAACAAAGAAUGAAAGAUUUUUUUGACUGCUUCUUUUGUAAGAAACUUGGAUGACCAGAAAAGGUGAAGAAGAAAUUGACUCUUAAAGUAGUUGAUAAGGGUAAUCUGAAUCUUAAGACAUUAAUUAAACAAACUGUUGUAAAAUACU